AAAAAAAAAAACGAAAUUAGGAACUGAAAAGAUAGCAUUUUUGUGUGAAAUUUCGGUAUUUAUAAUUCGAAUUAAUUAGUCAAUUAACCGAACUUAGUGCUAGUUCGAAUAUAAAUCUCGUCUUCGGUAAAUCGAAUACUUAUUCGGAGUGUUAUUUCGGUCGGUCGAAGUAUAAUAUUUCGAAAUCGAACGUAACGUUUAUUUUGGUAUGUUUUGUUGACACUCGGGAGUAGAGAUAAUCAUGGACAAUCCCGAGUACACAUUUCAAAUUCUAGAAGUAUUUUCGAAGAUGAAACCGAAAGAAAUACCACGCGAGCUCGAAGAAUACAUCACGUACGUGGCACGAACGGGAGAUCCGGUAUUUCAAUGGGCCCUGGUGAAAGUACUCAUCAAAGAGAAACUUGUAGCUGUACUGAACGAUUUCAAAGAAAACAACCUUUCUUUGGAAAUACCUCCUUACCCGAACGUCGACCCUUUCAACUACGAGACGCUGAAAAGUAACCUAUUAACGCGCCUAGAUUCAUUCAGCUUGCCUCCUUUUACCAUUCAGAGAAUAUGCGAACUGUUAUCAGCUCCCAGAAAGGAAUACAACAGAAUAGAUAAAUAUAUGCGAGCCGUCGAGAAGAAUGUACUGGUGGUAAGCGCUUGCGACCUGAGUCUGAAACGAGGACUAGACACGGACGGUAACGAAUCCAUGAUGAACGGUAUGUUAUACGAUAAAGUCAACGAUUCGAUGAAUAAUUUCAGUAAUCACGUGUUUUCCACGUCGCACGACUCGAACGUGGACGAAUUACAACAUCUGAGCGGUAAACUCGACGUACCGGAGAGUGACGCGGUGCAACAGAUCUUGGACGAUUCGUGGACAUCGGAGACCGGAGACGGCGACGAGUUCAAAAUAAACGAAGCUAAUAGUUCUACCUCUAUAUCGGUCAGUUUAGAUAACGAGCUGCAAUUUGUUACCGAAAAAAGUACGCCGGAAAAAGCGGACGUAGACGUUGUUAGUGAAAGUAAACCGAUCGAACAGACGAGUACGUCGUCUUCGUCGUCGUUCGACGAUAACGAUUCUUUACUCAUGGAAACCAGCUUACAAAACAUCAUGGUCGAUAAUAAUACCUCUAUCACGUACGAAAAUAGUCCGUUAAAAUCUCCUCCUAAAGAACCAACCAACGACGAACAGCCUACUAUUACCGAAUGCGAAAACGUUGUGUUUUCAUUCAACCAACAAACGCAAUCCGAAGACUCGAAUCAAGAUACACCAACUCCCUCAUCGAACGAACCAACUACGCUGGAAACCGAAGAAGAAAAGCAAUCCUUCGACGUAACCGAACCUCCUCAACAACAAGAUGUUCCUCAAGCAGACUCGUUAGAAGCUGAUUUAAUAUCGCCCGAAACCGAAACCUUCGUCGCUCAAACCGUCGAUAAAGAUUCGACAACCGAAUUACAAACCGAAGACCAAUAUAAACCCGUAGAAACAUCCUUCGAGUUCGAAGAUUUUUCAUCUCAGUCCACCAAAUCAGAUACUUCGAUCGAAUACACUUUCGAAACCGAAUCCGAACCAGCUCCGAAACCCGAACCGAUCGAAGAAACUCCCAGCACCGAAGAGUCAACACCCGAGGACCAACUUGAAACGUCGAUUGUCGAAAUCGAACAACCAGAGCCAGCUCCAGUUGCUGCUGAAACCGAGACCAACGAAACCGAAUCCACUCAAGUAGAGGAAGAAGAUUGUCAACUCGACGAAUCUUUAUGCUCGGGUGAUAACGAAGCUCAAAAAAGCUCAACCGAUUCGAAAGAAUCUGAAAUUCCAGCUCACGGUGAACUCGAAUCUGUCGAACAGUCUGACACUACUACUAGUAGUUCUAACGAUAAAUUCGAAGAUUCGGUGCCUCCCGAAGGGAAUCCGUAAUUAGUGCAGUUUUUUCUUUUUUGUAAUCGAAUUAUUUUCAUAUUUUGUCACGAGGGUUUUUUUGUAUUACGUAAUUUUCCACGUAUUGUUUUUCCUUUUUACGAAUUUUUAUAUUGUACUUGACCCUCCCCUCCGCUCCUUUUACCCUCGGGGAUUUAGUCCAUCUCAACAGAUUACUCUUAUAUGAUUGGUUACUCGAAUAAGUUUUUAUCGUGUUGACUUUUUUUUUUUUUACCCAAGAUGAUGAGCUAGCGACCGUAAAAACUUAACUUUGACUUGGAGUAUUGGUUUGAACCGAAAUACUACGAAUGUUGUAUCAAUUAUUAUUAAUAUUAUUAUUACUGUUAUUUUAGUUUUUAUAAAUUAUCAUUUUUCUUUCCCCCUUUGCCAAGUCAAUACGAGCGAAUUAGGUGGAGAUUAGUUUUACAAAUCGGCACUGCCUUUUGAGUUUCUAAUUUCGCUUUUAUUUACUUCUGUAUUUAUUUUUAUUAAUUUUAUUUCGCUUUGAGCUGAAGUUGUUUUACAAAAAAUAAAAUUUUUAGUUUAUCCUCGAUUUUGAUGUUUUUGGCUGCUAAAAUGAGGUUCCAAUAUUUCACUCUCGGUAGACUAAGCGAUCGGUAAUAACGUCGCUUUUAUUUUUAAUACUUUAAUUUACUUAAUCGAUUCUUUUUAAUAAUCCUGUAUACUCUGAAUUGUGUAGUUGAAAUUAUUUAAGUUAGAAAUUUUAUUUUAUUUUUCGCUGGAUUUUUUUUUAUAAUUAUUAUUUUUUUUCCUCGAUCCGACGAAGUAUAUGAAAUAGCAAUUUAAAUUAUACUUCGAGUAUCUCUGUUGUAUUGUAUUAUUUUUAUUGUUAGGUAAUGUGAUAAAUAAUUUGGUUUUGUAUCGGUACAUGAAUAUUUUGUUUUUAUAAAAUACCAGCGAUGGAAUUAUUAUUGAAAUGAUGUUUUUUUUUAAAAAAUAACGCAAUACGCGAGUAUCGAAUUCCAGGUGUACCUGUGUAAAAUGUACGUACUGUUUUGUUGCCUUGAAUGGCUGUAAAUUAUGAAAUCGUAAUAAGUAAACGUUUUCAAAGCAA